GGCGCUGUUUUCAAAAAACAAGGGUGCUGGAACUGCGGUCCUGAAACUGCAGCCUCCCGGUCUGCAGGAAUCUAAUGUCUGAAUACGGGCGCACCCCAGGUUCGGGGCCGCUGGGUUGACUACGGAGAUCCAAACAGCGGCUGGUAACAGAGGUAAACCACAACAUCGUCGAGCGGAGGAGGUGGGAGAAAAAGUUUGCUUUACUUUGCUGCGGGAUUGUCCCUGAGUUAGAUCCAGUGUAAUUUACCAUAAUGGUGAACCAGGUUCGGCAAGUGGACGGUACUCUGCAGCCAUGUAAGAGCGACUCUAGCGGAGCCAGCAACAGUAGCGGGGAGAGCUCCAAGGAGAGUUCCCGGUGCUCCACGCCUUCGCUGGACGCCGACCGGUCGGACAGGCUGCGGGACAAGAUGCGGAGGAGGAUGGAGUCCGGAGACCACUGGUUCUCGCUGGAAUUCUUUCCUCCUCGCACAGCCAGUGGAGCCGUCAACCUCAUCUCAAGAUUUGACCGAAUGGGUUCUGGUGGCCCCCUGUUCAUCGACAUAACCUGGCACCCAGCAGGGGAUCCAGGCUCAGACAAGGAAACUUCAUCCAUGAUGAUUGCUAGCACAGCAGUCAACUAUUGUGGCCUGGAGAGCAUCCUCCACCUGACUUGCUGCAAUCAGACCAAAGAGAAGAUUACUGGUUACCUGGCCAAAGCUAAGCACUUGGGCCUCAAGAACAUCAUGGCACUCAGAGGAGACCCAGUGGGAGCAGACUGGGAAGAAGAGGAGGAAGGCUUCAACUAUGCCGUCGACCUGGUCAAACAUAUCCGUUCAGAGUUUGACGACUACUUUGACAUUUGUGUUGCUGGCUACCCCACAGGCCACCCAGAAGCAGAGAGCUAUGAGGAGGAUCUUAGACACCUUAAGGAGAAGGUCGAUGCUGGAGCCGACUUUAUAAUUACUCAGCUUUUCUUCAGGGCAGACACUUUCCUCAAGUUUCUGGAUGACUGCAGAGCAAUUGGUAUCAUGUGUCCGAUCCUACCUGGAAUAUUCCCCAUUCAGGGUUACCAGUCCCUGCGUCAGCUAGUCAAGCUGUCAAAACUUGAGGUACCAGAGGAGAUCACCAAAGUCAUCGAGCCCAUCAAAGACAAUGAUGCUGCUAUACGCAACUAUGGAAUCCAACAGGCCAUAGAGAUGUGCCGUGUGCUGCUGGACAGUGGCAAGGUACCAGGCCUUCAUUUCUACACACUGAAUCGAGAGGUCGCCACCAUGGAGGUGCUCCGCCAGCUGGGCCUGUGGAUAGAAGACCCAAGGUCAGUUAUCCCCAUGCCUGCUAACAGUAUGUUGGUAAUUAUAGCCAUAGGCAGUAGUCAGGCAAGAAAUAGUUGCUUCUUUUACUUCAGUUAACACGUUAGUCCGCUA